AUGGACACUGGACCCGAUGUGUCCGAUCCUCUCUUUCUAGACCAGGCGUUUGAAAGACUUCUGUCUCAAGCUUCAAAGAUCCACGCAGAGAGCAGGCAACAGUCAAAGGCCAAGACUUGGCAGAAAUCGCUUGAUUCUGCACUCGAACGAGAAAUGGGACAUUCGCACAUGAUACAGUUGGUAGAACAGUUAACCCAACAGGUCAACGAAAAGCUCGAGAUUGCUUUACACGACUCACCCACCCAAAACGACUCCGAAACAUUCACCAAAGUCUUUCUCAAAUCUCUGGAAGGGAGGCUACGUUGUCAUAUCGAAAGCUCGAUCCAGCGGGCGUUACGAUCAGUCCCUGGCAUCCUCACUACUCCACUUCCGUGGCCGACGCACAAAGCAGCAAUAAACCAGUCCGAGCUAGAUGAAUCCUUUCCAACCGGAUUUGCUCAUUAUGUUGGUGCAAGACCACGUUACCAGAUAGGUAACCUCACCCAGGAUGCUUUGGGAGAAUCACUGCGCUACAGUAUUGGUGGAGUGGAAUCCCUCUCUCCCGACGGGCUGGCAAAGAUGAACACACUGAGGAAGCGAUUCGAAAACGGAUUUGGCUAUGACCUCGGUCAUGAUUCCUCGGACUGGAAGUCGAUGGAGGAAAAUCAAUCCAACCGCAAAGACAGCACAUUCCGGAGGUUGUUGGUGAGGCUAGUAGGCAAAGUCUUGCCUGUUAGAGUGACAUACACCGAAGCUGAACGACGCCGAAGGUGGGUCGACUUUGUUUCCAAAAGACCACCCAAAGAAGUCUCGUUCUUGGUCGAUUCUCUCGUGCGUUUCAUCUUGGCGCUUUGUGGAGGGGCGCUUGUUAUCGUUCCGAUUGUCAUCAUGGUUCUCUUUCCCGGGAUCUUGCGUUGUCUCAUUGUCACGGGGGUUUCGGUUCUCACUGGUGGGAUUUUCGCAGCAAACUUCCAAUGUCACGGCGCUGGGGGUCACAGCUACCUAUUCAGCUGUUCUUGUGGUGUUUCUGGGGUUGAGCAUGGAAUCUGA